AAUGGCCUAUUUCCAGAAAAGGCUUAUAAAAAAAAUAAAUCGGAACUCAUAAAUCUAAAUUGUAAUUGCCUGGGAGCAAUUAUUUGAAUUAACACAAUUCCAAUCAUAUUAAAAAAAAAGAUUGAUCUAAUAGAAUAAGAUCUUAGGAUACUAAUGAUUCCAUAUCUGUAAAUCAACCUAAUGAAGCUUUCAAUCAAUUGAUGAAACAAAUUACUCAACUGGACUAAAAGGAAGUUGAGAAAACUUCAAAUGUCAAAAUUUUAAUAGAUCUAUUUCAAAAUAGGGAUCUCAGAAAAUAUCCAACCUAUUGACCGGAGAUUAAGAGUAUCCAAUUCUAC